GCCCCCGCGCCCGGACCCCGCCGCCCGCAAGAUUCAUUCAUGUCGCUGUGACCUGGUGGCGCCGAGAUGAAGACGGAGCUGUGCGCGGCGCUGGCUGCCCUCUGCGCGGCUGCCCUGCUCUCCUGCGCAGAGGCCGAAGUUGAUCCACCAUCAGACUUGAAUUUUACAAUUAUAGAUGAACAUAAUGUUCAAAUGUCAUGGAAAAGACCACCUGGUGCAAUAAUGGGUUACAGAAUAACGGUGGUCCCUACAAAUGAUGGACCUACUAAAGAAUUUACUCUUUCACCUAGUACUACCCAAACAAUUUUAUCAGAUCUUAUACCUGAUUUAGAGUAUGUUGUAUCAAUAGCUUCAUAUGAUGAGAGAGAGGAGAGUCUACCUGUUUUUGGCCAGCUGACAAUCCAGACAGGUGGUCCGGGAAUACCAGAGGAAAAGAAGGUUGAGACUCAAUUACAAAGAUGCUCCAUAAGUGCAGUGACAGAUUUAGUUUUCUUGGUAGAUGGUUCUUGGAGUGUAGGAAGAAGUAACUUCAGGUAUAUUGUGGACUUCAUGGUUGCCCUUGUAUCAGCUUUUGACAUUGGGGAGGACAAGACAAGAGUUGGAGUUGUUCAGUACAGUUCAGAUACAAGAACAGAAUUCAACUUAAAUCAGUACUUCAAAAGAAGUGAUCUUAUUGAUGCAAUUAAAAGGAUACCUUACAAAGGUGGCAAUACAAUGACAGGUGAAGCUAUUGAUUACCUGGUUAAAAACACCUUUACUGAGUCUGCUGGAGCAAGAAAAGGCUUCCCUAAAGUAGCAAUUGUCAUUACGGAUGGAAAAGCUCAAGAUGAAGUAGAAAUUCCUGCAAGAGAGCUUCGCAACAUAGGAGUUGAAGUUUUUUCUUUAGGAAUCAAAGCAGCAGAUGCAAAAGAACUCAAGGUAAUUGCAUCUCAACCUUCCCUGAAGCAUGUUUUCAAUGUGGCUAAUUUUGAUGGGAUUACGGAUAUACAGAAUGAAAUUAUAUUGCAAGUGUGCUCUGGUGUUGACGAACAACUCGGUGAAUUGGUUAGUGGAGAAGAAGUGGUGGAGCCUCCUUCAAAUCUCUUUGCUGCACAGAUCUCCUCAAAAUCUAUUAGGAUCACUUGGGAUCCAUCCACAAGCCAAGUAACUGGCUAUAGGGUGCAGUUCAUUCCAAUGAUAGCUGGUGGAAAACAACAUGCACUGAAUGUGGGGCCUCAGACUACUGCUCUGAAUGUAAAAGAUCUCUCUCCGGAUACAGAGUAUCAAAUUAGUGUUUAUGCAAUGAAAGGAUUGACGCCCAGUGAGCCAGUAACUAUAAUGGAAAAAACACAACAAGUAAAAGUUCAAGUGGAAUGCUCACGUGGUGUGGAUGUAAAAGCUGAUGUUGUGUUUUUAGUGGAUGGCUCCUACAGCAUUGGUAUCGCCAAUUUUGUUAAAGUAAGAGCCUUUUUGGAAGUGUUAGUUAAAAGCUUUGAGAUAUCACCUCGAAAAGUACAGAUAAGUCUUGUCCAGUACAGCAGAGAUCCCCAUAUGGAGUUUUCUUUGAACAGAUUCAACAGAGUGGAAGAUAUAAUUCAGGCUAUUAACACCUUCCCCUACAGAGGUGGAUCUACCAACACAGGCAAAGCGAUGACAUAUGUGAGGGAGAAAGUAUUUGUUACCAGCAAAGGAUCAAGACCAAAUGUGCCAAGAGUCAUGAUUCUUAUUACUGAUGGAAAAUCAUCAGAUGCAUUUAAGGAACCUGCUGUAAAGCUGAGAGAUGCUGAUGUAGAAAUAUUUGCCGUCGGUGUGAAGGAUGCACAUAAACCUGUUGAUGUUGAUGAUGUUGAUGAAACUGGUCACACAUAA